CUUCCACUUCCAAAACUAAACUAUACCCAAAACCACCCUGUAACAACUCCAAACCCUACUACUACUCUCACUACUCUCUCGACCCCAUCCCUCUUUCUCUCUCUACGACCUCACUUCCCUUCCCACCUACCCUCCCAACCUCACCGCCGCUACUUCCAUCACCAAACCGACUUUGUGCCGAUUUUGAUCGCUCUUCCAUCCAGCAACACACUCAUUCCAGUGGCACAGGCAGGACCCUUACCGUUCGCUCGCUCAUCGCACAUCUCCGACAGUGCCCGCGACCCCUGGCGAUCCAACGUCCGGAAUAUAUACGACAAUCCGCCCAUUACUCCCAUCUCGGUCGCUGAUUCCGAUAUCCCAUACAUGCUGCACGAACUCGCGAAAGCCUAAUAAAGAGAAUCAGCCCAGGGCGCACGAAAGAGAGACUCCCACGACGUCUUAAUGGUCUGAUUUUAGACUCCCGAUACCGAUUACCGAAUACCCAACAACAACAACCACAUACUGGUGCCGACUUGUCGUCUACGGCAGAAAUCGCCCAGUAUGCGCUUCGCAGGGUUCUCCCCGUUGACAGCCGUCGUCACAACCCUCUCAUUACUCGCCGGGACGGCCGUGGCAGACGAGAGGCUCCUCAUUUCCACAUCCCUCAACACCUGUAUUGAGAACUCCAACUUCACAGCCAGUCUGUUCAAUGUCGUCUUCACACCUGAUAACCGCACCAUCACAUUCGAUGUCACGGGUAUCACCUCCCUGACCGGAAACUUCACCCUCCACGUCGAGGGUGCCGCCUACGGAUACAAGAUCUUCGACACCGAUAUCGACCCUUGCGCGUCCAAGGAGCUGUCCGGUGUGUGCCGCAUGCAGCCGGGUCCCAUCACCAUCACCUCGAAUCUCGACUUCAGCCCGGAGGUCGUGAGCCAGAUCCCGUCCAUUGCGUACAGCAUCCCCGAUCUCGAUGCCACCGUGAGGAUCAAGAUCGCCUCCAAGGCGAACCCUGAUCUCAUCAAGGCCUGUGUGGAGGCGCGUCUAUCGAACGGCAAGACCGUUGAGCAGAAGGGUGUGAGCUGGGCCACUGCUGUGGUUGCCGGUCUCGCGCUCGUCGUGUCCGCCGUCGUUGCAGGAUUGGGUCAUGACAACACCGCGGCACACAUUGCCGCGUACGCGCUUUCGCUCUUCAGCUAUUUCCAGGCCAUCGCCAUGGUCGGUCUCACGGCCGUCCCACUGCCACCCAUCGUGCAAUCGUGGACCCAAAACUUCCAGUGGACCAUAGGUAUCAUUGGCGUCGACUUCAUGCAGACCAUCGCGACCUGGUACCAGAAGUCCACGGGCGGCACCCCAGCCACCAUCCUCAACACGCUCACCACCAACUCCGUCCAGGUGCAGAAGCGUUCGCUGCAGCUUGCCUCCGAGGCGACCUCCAUCCUCCGCCGCUCCAACAAUGAGAACGCCAUCGACGCCGUGUCCGGCACCUACACCGUCAAGGGCAUGGACAGAGUCGCGUUCCGUGCUGACAUGGAGGCUACUAAUCUGUUCAUCACCGGUCUCAUGUUCUUCUGCAUCUUCGUAACCGCAACAGUCCUCGGCGUCGCCGCCUUCAAGGGCAUCUGCGAGCUGGCCGUUAAGCAAAGGUGGAUGAAGACCUCCCGAUUCGAGGACUUCCGCAACGGCUGGAAGGUCGUGCUGAAGGGUAUCAUGUUCCGAAUGGUCCUCAUUGGUUUCCCGCAGAUGACCAUCCUCUGCCUCUGGGAGUUCACAAAGAUCGAUUCCCCGGCCGAGGUCGUCCUGGCCGUCUUCUUCUUCUUCGGAAUGGGCGGAACGCUUGCCUGGGCCGCUUUUAAGGUGGCGAUGAUUGCGAAGCGCUCAAAGUCCAUGCACAAGAACCCAGCCUACAUCCUUUACUCGGACCCAACGUCGCUGAACAAGUGGGGUUUCCUGUACGUCCAGUUCCGCGCCUCAGCUUACUACUACAUCAUCCCGACACUGGUAUACAUCCUCGUCAAGGGCAUGUUCAUCGCGCUCGGUCAGGGCAGCGGCACCGCACAGGCCGUCGGACUCCUGAUCAUCGAAGCCGGCGUUCUCAUUGCCGCGUCUGUGAUGAAGCCAUGGAUGGACAAGAGCACCAACACGGUCAACAUCUCGAUCUGCUCCAUCAACUUCUUCAACGCGAUCUGCCUGCUCGUCUUCUCGGCCAUCUUCAACCAGCCUGCCAUUGUCACUGGUGUCUUUGGUGUCGUUUUCUUCGUUGUUAACGCCAUCUUUGCUCUCGUCCUGCUCAUCCUGGUUAUUGUCUCCACCGUCCUGGCCGCCACGCGCAAGAACCCGGAUACGCGCUACCAACCCAUGGGCGACGACCGCGCCUCCUUCAUCAAGUCCCAGACGCAACUGACCACGGAGCUCGAUGCUCUAGGUGCUACUGCCCGCGGCGAGAUGAAAGGCGGCUACAAGCCCGGACUCGACCUCGACGACGACGACACCUGGGACGCAGAGAGCAACCGCCGUCACCCAGCAAACAUGCCCCUACCACCCUCAACAGCAAGCUCGCACGAGCCACCGCGCUCGCCGAUUAACCCGUCGGUGCCACUCUUCCCGAGCGGCACCAGCCCAUACGACGAGAAGAGCCGUGGCGUGUACCAGGGUUCGUACACUACGGACUCGAGGCACGAUGAGGCUACGCCGACGACUCCGUUUGGGUUGGGGCCGGUUGCGGGUGCAGCGGCGCCGUAUAACAGGGCGAAUACGGCGAGUCCGUUGGGCCAUAGGGGGGCAAAUGGGGCGAGUCCUUGGCAGCGCGGCGCAGGUUACGACCAUUAGAGGAGUCGCUUUCACGAAACUUUUGUUGUGUGGAUCGCAAUGCAUUUUUUUUACGGCUGGCGUUUUGAGAAUUACUGGGAACUACGCUUCCAACCAUACUAUACACACGGAUCAUAUCAUAGACCGUACAUAACGUACCGUCAAUUAUAGUUCACCUCACCUCUUGGGAAAAGAAAGGAGGCGACGCGGGGUAUACUCGACAGAUCGAUUUCAUCGAUUUACCACCGAGGCGAAACAAACAACUAAAUCAAACCAACCUUGUACUUUGUUCAACCUCGAAACAUUCGACAUCUUUUCAUUAUUCUGUGAGAACAAACCAACUUGCUGUGCUGUCUAGUGUUAGUUAUUUUUUCCCUAUGUUAAUUAUACUGGAAUGGGAUGGGAUGGAUGGUGGGGGUGCGAUGCAUUUGUGAUUUUUUUUGAGGGGAUGCUGGGAUGGGAGCGAGAGGGGAUAUAUGGGGGAGAGAGGAAGUGGGAAAACCAUGUAGUUUUAAAAUGAAAAGUCGAUUGAUUGAGUAGUUUUUUAAAAUGAAAAGUCGAUUGAUUGAGUAGUUUUAAAAUGAAAAGUCGAUUGAUUGAGUAGUUUUAAAUGAAAAGUCGAUUGAUUGACGAGUCCCAUGAGCUCCGGC